AGUCCAGAGCCCUGUAGCCUCUGGCCUCGGGUACCUGGUUUCACAUGUCUUAGGAAAGUUUGCAGGACCUUGAUUCUUCAUCGCACCCAAUAGAUGGGUGAUUUCUUCGGAUGUUGGCGGGUUGGAGGGGGAGGGGCAGUGUGUGGUUGUGGAAUCGUGGCCUCAAGGCCCCACCACUCUGGCAGACUUUGACCUUGCCCUUUAGUAUCUUGGGGUCUGUGUACAUAACCGGCAUUAAAAAUUGUCCUGAAGGGGAAACAGUGGGCUCCAGCCGAUAUGUUUAAGGGGUGUCAUGUUAGGGUUACUGUUAACCACUUACUCUUGCUGAUCAGAGUAUCUGCUGUCCAGCAAGACCAGAUGGCAAGUUAAAGAAUGUCCCGGAUUCCUCUGGGUAAAGUCCUUCUGAGAAAUGUUAUUCGGCACACAGACGCUCACAAUAAGAUUCAGGAGGAGACAGAUAUGUGGAAGAUAAGAGAACUGGAGAAACAGAUGGAGGACGCUUACCAGGGAACACAAAGGAGAAUCUUACCCAGGAGCUCGAGCCGAAUGCGAAGUGAUGGUUUUGAUGAAGAAAGUCAUCGAGUUUACUGGAGGACGAAGCAAGAAAUUCCUGGGACAUUUGAAGAUGAUUUGCUUAAGACUCGAUCUUGGAAUAGAAAGCUAUAUAAUUAUGAGGCCAACAUGCCUGACAGAUGGGGUCACAGUGGAUAUAAAGAACUAUACCCCGAGGAAUUUGACACAGACAGUGAUCAGCAAGAUGCUAUUAAUGGAAGAAACACACCUCCCCAGGAAAAGUCAUCUACUCAUGAGUCCCAUAAACGUAAGAGGUCAAAGAAAUCCCACAAAAAAAAGCAAAAAAAACGGUCACACAAAAAACAAAAGAAAAGCAAAAAAGAAGCCGCAGAUAGAGCUGCAGAUUCCUCAAGCGAAUGCUCAGGAGAAACUCAGGUUUCCAGUGCUAGGAAAGGGAAACAGUCACAUAAGCGAAAGAAAAAAUCAAGGAAAAAGGCUCCUAAGAAACCUGCUUCUUUCUCAGAGUCAGAUAGUGAUUCUUCUCACCCAGAUAAUUCAGAAUCCAGUAGUUCUGAGGAAAGUGAAGAAAAAGAUGCCAAGAAAACAAAAAGGAAAAAGGAUCAGAAAGAACAUGUCACCCCAACAAAGAGGAAGAGUGAGGUACAAGAGAGGACCAGCAAGCGGAAGAACUGGAAGGUGGCCACAGAUGAAAAGACAGAUGAGAGCUCCGAGGAAGAUUAAAUGGAGGGAGACUUCACCCUCCAGGUUUCCCAGGUGACCCCUUGGACUCGACGGGUGUGGCAGGGACCCUCUUGUUAGAACAAGUGGCCUAAUUGGUGGGAGCUGCCUUGUGCCAUCCAAAUCCUAGCAGAUGGAUUUUCUCCUAUUUGAGCCUGUUAAACUUGAUCCCCUUUUUAUUGGUAUUGGGGAAGCUGUUGUUUUUGUAAUGAAGGUUUCUUGAAGAGAUUAUUUUUUGCAAUUAGCCACACUCAGUCUCAUGCACACUAUUCCCCAAAUCAGAGGAAAUAAGCCAGUAAUCUGGGAAUUCCCACUAAAGUGCUCAGUUUGGGGAAAGCAGGUGUUAGGCCCAAGAGGACAGUGUGGAGAGAUGACUUUCCUUUGUUGACUAGCCCUAUGUGCAAGUGGUAUGACCCCAAAGAACUCAACAAGGGAAUCGUUGUGGGGCCUUAUUUAUUCCCUCCAGAUCAUCUUCCUCUGACCUUCCUACAGCAGGUGUCAUACCUGGUUCUUCAUUCUCAGCCUUGGUGCCUUUGAUCCUUAGAUAUGUAUAUCUAGACCCCAGUUUGAUUUUAAUAUUGAACUUUUAGUCCUUUUCUGGCUGGCCCAGUUUACUUGAGGAAAUGGGUACAGGAACCAACCUUUUUCCUUUGCAAUAAAAAUUACAGGCAGCUGUCACCAGUAGGGUGUGGGGCUUUCUUGGUACGUUUUCCCCACUGAGUAGGAUCCAUAAACCUGCAUUCUUUAUAGCCCCUGAGCCGAAGUCUGAAUCAGGCAGUAAAAUAUCCCAUCUAUACUGCUAAAUUUUGCCUGAGUUUAGUUGUAUGUGAAGUUAUUUUUUUGGCUAUUUAAGGUGGUCCUAGUUUGAAUGGGGUCAAAUUAGGAUCUGACUGUGCUGUCCAGUUGUGUGUGCCCUGAACAGGAUUCAGGACACAGGUUACAGAUAUCGUUUAAAAUAGUGUGUCUUUGUUUUUGUCUCCAAGUCUGUAAAUGAAUUCCAGAUUUCACCUCUAACUAGAAAGUCAGGUCAGCUCCAAAAUAAUGUAGGUCUCUCAGGGACGUAUUUUCCUCUUCCCAGCUUUCUGUGGGACUCAAAAUAUCCUGAUCACUCUUCUCUUCCCCCCCUCCCCCCCCAGCAGGAAAAGUUGGUUUAUUUCACUUUGUUCACUUGGGACCCAGGGGUGUUUCAAAUAGGACCCCAAGAUUUCCUUGGGUUAGGAGGGGUGAUGUGGAAUAUCCCUGUCAUUCCCAAAAUUCUUGGAUUUGAUGGAUAUAGUUCAACUUUGCCCCACUUAGAAGAGAACAAAUACUUCUGACUUACGGUGUUAUAUAGUUGUUACUUGAGAAUUAAAAACUAAGCCUAAUCUUGGUUCUACCAUUAUUGACUAUAUUUGUGAGGUCCUAAACAAGUCAUUUAACCUCUUGUGCCUCAUUUCCCCAUCCCUAAAAUGGGAAUAGUACUGACCUCAAUUGGGACAACAAAGGGCAAAGUAAUGGGAGAUACAACAGUAGAAUAUGUUUCCACAUAAUGCCUAAGAUUCAGUAGGUAUGAAUUACUUUUAAAAACUUCUGUACAAAAUAGGAUUCCAGAGUCUACAGAAUUAACAUUCAGAUACAUCUUUGGGCAAAGGCCCUCCAUCCACUGGUUAGCCAGUAGGUGCUACCUUUUUGGGACAUCUAUGUAACUUACUAACUCUUCUGGCUCCAGUUUAUGUACUCUUGGCCAGCUACCACUAAAUGCCAGUUUUUAUUAAGAAUUUUUUGAAGGGAAGGCCUAUUACUUUGUAGAGAUUUUAGAGGUAGGAGAGAUCCUAAAAUGACAAUCCCUCAACUUAAAGCAAACAGUAUUUUCUAUGGUCCUCUAGGAAAUAGGAUCUUAAUGGAUAUUGUUUUUCAGUCUUUUUUCCCCCCAACAUUGUUUUUUGCACCAAGCUUACUCUAGCCACUUGAUGGGUUAGAGGAGUCUCCAGAAGUUUGUACUGUCAUGUGAGCCAAGAGCCUUUUCUCAUACUAGCAGCUCUGCCUCCUAGUUAAUGUGUCUUUGUGGCAGCCAGGUUUUCAUUUUUGGUCAUGUUUACUCUUAAUUACUUGUAUGUGGGCAUACGGGAGCAAAAGGGCUGUCUUUGCUCUCUCCUGCCUUCUAAACUCCAAACUUUGCUUUUCUAAGUCUUAUUUGGCUUCUAAAGUUCUUCUAGCCCCUGAGUGAAAGGCUCAGGGUGGCUUUUAAAUCCAAGGUCUCCCAUUUGCACUACCAGCAUUGAAACCCAUUUUUUUCUUUGAUAAGUGUUUUAGUAUUUUCAAGUAGUCAGGGAUCUCUAAACCCUGAGGUAGGAUUUUUUUUUAAUAAGUAAUUAAGACCAGGGUUGGGGGAGUCAUAUUUAUCAAAUGAUGUAAUACAAUCUGGAAUUCCAAAUUCCAAAUAAAUUUCACUUUUUGAA